AUGCCUUCGCAUCAGCCCACGGCCGGCAUGAUGGCCGUCGAUCCUCUGAAGCUAUCAUCACAGCCGCCGGCGACUGCAUCACCACAAGAGCCCAACCGCAACCCCAAAUACGACCCCAAGAAGUCACACAUCACGGAGACGCCCUUGACGAGGAAGAACUGGUACAAGCACGUCAACUGGCUCAAUGCCAUCCUCAUCGUGGGCAUCCCAAUUUCUGGCUGCAUUGCUGCGCUCUGGACGCCUUUGCGGUGGCAGACGCUGGUCUUCGCUAUUGCCUACUACUUCGCCACCGGGUUCGGAAUCACAGGCGGUUACCAUAGGUUAUGGGCACACUCUUCAUACUCUGCAUCAACACCUCUUAAGAUCUUCCUCGCUGCUGUUGGUGGCGGUGCUGUUGAGGGCUCCAUCAGAUGGUGGGCUCGGGACCACCGUGCACACCAUCGCUACACCGACACCGACAAGGACCCGUACAGCGUCCGCAAGGGCCUGCUCUACUCCCACUUCGGCUGGAUGAUCAUGAAGCAGAACCCGAAGAGAAUCGGCCGCACCGACAUCUCGGACCUCAACGACGACUGGGUUGUUGUCUGGCAGCACAAGCACUACCUCAAGGUCGUCCUCUUCAUGGGUCUAAUCUUCCCCAGCAUCGUCUGCGGUCUGGCGUGGGAUGACUGGCUGGGCGGAUUCAUCUAUGGUGGCAUUCUGCGCAUCUUCUUCGUCCAGCAGGCCACCUUCUGCGUCAACUCGCUUGCCCACUGGCUCGGCGACCAGCCAUUCGACGACCGCAACUCCCCCCGCGACCACGUCAUCACUGCGCUCGUCACUCUUGGUGAGGGCUACCAUAACUUCCACCACGAGUUCCCGUCCGACUACCGCAACGCCAUCGAGUGGCACCAGUACGACCCGACCAAGUGGACCAUCUGGCUCUGCAAGCAGGUCGGCCUUGCCUACGACUUGAAGCAGUUCCGCUCCAAUGAGAUCGAGAAGGGCCGUCUGCAGCAGAUGCAGAAGAAGCUCGACCAAAAGCGCGGCAAGCUUGACUGGGGCGUUCCACUGGAGCAGCUCCCCGUCAUGGAAUGGGAUGACUACGUCGACCAGGCCCAGAACGGCCGCGCUCUCGUCGCUGUCGCCGGUGUUGUCCACGACGUCACUGACUUCGUCGCCGACCACCCCGGUGGCAAGGCCAUGAUCCGCUCCGGCAUCGGCAAAGACGCAACCGCCAUGUUCAACGGCGGCGUCUACAACCACAGCAACGCAGCACACAACCUGCUCUCAACCAUGCGCGUGGGCGUCAUCCGCGGCGGCAUGGAGGUGGAGAUCUGGAAGCGAGCGCACAACGAGAACAAGGACACGAUGGUCGUCAAGGACAAGGACGGCAACCGCAUCGUGCGCGCUGGCGCUCAGGUGACGAAGGUGUUUGAUCCUCCGGCGAGCGCGGGCGCUGCGUGA